CAUUUUUGUAGACGUCAUAGAUUGACUAAUAUAAUUUGAAGAAACAUACCCUUGACGGAACUUUAUUAUACCAUUCUAACUUGAUACUUAUUUUUUAGUUUUAUUGUUCUUAAAUUAUAUUACGUUUUUAUUUUUCUUGCAAAUUAGUUAUUAAUCUAAAUAACUAUUUGAUAACUUUGUGCUGGUUUAUUUGUUAUUUUUUUACUAGUGGAAAUGUAUUUUCGUACAAGAGCAUAUUAAUUUUAGGUCAGGGUCGUUUGUUAUCGAUCAUAUAUAAAUCCAAAUAAUACAUUUUAAUUUCUCUUUGGGUUAACAUAUAGUUUCUUAGGUACUUGAUAUUUAAACAGUUAUACAAUACAAUUGUCAACCAUGCUUAAUACUGGGAAAUUAUCCGGAUUGACUUUGUUCAUCACUGGAGGAAGUCGUGGUAUUGGUAAAGCAAUUGCCUUAAAAGCAGCCAGAGAUGGUGCCAACAUUGUUAUUGCUGCUAAAACAGCGGAACCUCAUCCAAAAUUACCUGGAACUAUAUAUUCAGCUGCCAAAGAAAUUGAAGAUGCUGGUGGAAAAUGUUUACCAUGUGUAGUGGAUGUAAGAGAAGAAAGUCAAGUAGCUGAUGCAGUUGAUAAAUCAAUAAGUACAUUUGGAGGUAUUGAUAUAGUUAUAAACAAUGCGAGUGCAAUUUCGUUAACUCCAACUUUAGAUACUGAAAUGAAACGAUAUGAUUUGAUGCAUAAUAUUAAUACAAGAGGAACAUUUUUAGUAUCAAAGAUGUGUAUACCUCAUUUAAAAAAGAGCAAACAUGCACAUAUUUUAAAUAUUAGUCCUCCAUUAAACAUGAAUCCUAAUUGGUUUAGAGAUCAUGUUGCUUAUACAAUGGCCAAAUAUGGAAUGUCAAUGUGUGUAUUAGGAAUGUCUGCUGAGCUAAAAGCAGAUAACAUUGCUGUAAAUGCUUUAUGGCCAAGAACUGCUAUAUAUACAGCUGCUGUUGAAAUGUUAUCGGGUUCUUCUGAUGCUAAAAAAUUAUCUCGUAAUCCAGAAAUUAUGGCAGAUGCAGCUUAUGCUGUAUUAAGUCGGUCAGUUGAAAAUUGUACUGGUCAAUUUUUAGUAGAUGAUGAAGUUUUACAGCAAGAAGGUAUCACUGACUUUAGUCAAUAUGCCAGUGAUCCAACUUAUAAAGGUGAAUUAAUGAUGGAUUUUUUUUUGGAUGAUGCUCCUCAUGAUGGGUUCAGCAAAGGAAAUAAGAUAGCUGAAAAAUCUAAUGGAGAAGAUGCCAUUGAGAAAAUAUUUACUAAAAUCAAUUCCCACUUGACGCCAGAAGUAGCUAAAGGAACAAAUGCAUGUUUUUUGUUUGUUGUAAAAGGAGAUGCUGAUAGAACUUACUAUGUUGAUUUAACUGGAAACGGAUCAGCUGGAAAAGGAAAACCAACUUCUGCACCUGAUGCUACUUUAACAAUGGAAGCAGAUAAAAUAGAAGAACUAUUUAAUGGAAAACUUAAAGCUGGUGAUGCCUACAUGACUGGCAAACUUAAAAUUGCUGGUAAUUUGAUGAAAGCUAUGAAACUGGAAAAACUUAUGAAAUUGUUAAAAGCUAAAUAUUAA